AUGCGUUUCUCAACCGUCAUCACCCUCAGCCUGUCGCUCUUCACUACCGCCAUCACGGCCAUCGCGUUCCCCAGCCCCGCCUCCACCUCGGGCGACUGCGGAAACUGCCUUUCCCUCGUCGACAGCACCAAUAGCUGCGGAUACAAUAUCGUGGACGACGACACCACCGAGCCCACGGCAUCCCAGUGGAGGUGUCUGUGCAAAACCGAUGGUUUCCAGUCGCAGUACAAAGCAUGUCUGUCCUGCUCGGUAUCCAACCAAGAUAUGACGAGCGAUGAUAAGGACUCGGCCGUCAAGGACGUGGCAGAUAACUGCGCGUUAGUCACGGGCGGGGCAGGGUGCCUGGCGGUGGGGCCGGGGAAGAUGGUCGCCGCGGGGGCAAUGGCGGUGGGGUUGGGCAUGUAUGCGCUGUAG